AUGCACGGCAUCAAUCAGCUGCCUGAGGGUACCGAGGGCGCGGCGGCGCUGUCGUUGAUCUAUGCGUCUGUCAGUUGGAUAUGUAGUUCUCUGAUCGUAUGGCUCACCUGGGUCCACCACGAGCGUCUCAGCUACGUGGCUGUCGUUGGGUACUGGUCGUUUUUGGGCACGACGGCAUCUAUCACCCAGCAGAUCCACGACAUCACCUGGUGGCGAGAUAUCAUGAUAGCACAGUUCGCUCGAAUCUCAAAUUUCUCCGAUAAUCCAGAGCUUGCUAUUGCCAGCGGCUCGUUUGGCUUGGACUUGGAAGCCCUGUGUAUUAUGUUCUGGGCCGGCGAGCUUGCGCAGUCAUUGUUCGACUGGGACGCAAAGCCAAAAUGGCAAUACAGACUUCGACGAAUCAACAAGGCAGGAAAGGUCACCUCUAUGUUACUGCCCUUAAUCACCAUCUUACUACUUCGAGUUCCGGCAAUCCAGAAGACAUUUGUGCUCUUUAUCAUCUUAGCUGACAUUCCCCUGAUGCUGAGCUUGACCAUCGGUAGCGCGACCAUGAUUGCCAUCCUAAUUCGCUACGUACGAACGAAGAGGAAGUUUUCGCAAUGGACGCCUCCAGCGAAGACCCGCAACACCAGCGAGGCUGGAGUCAUGGCUGCGACUGCAUCUUCUAGUGAUGCCGGGUCUAGGCGUACGUCAGUAAGACAGCAGGGUAUCUGUGACCGAUGGCUCAUGGUCCGCUUUACCUGCGCCUUCGUCGUACUUGGAAUCUUCGACAUCACGAACACACUGUUCCAAUGGACAGAUGCUCAAAACAACAGAAAAGAUAAUAUCAGCAGAGAGCCAGACCUGAGCGUCGCGCGCGCAAACUCGUCUCUGUUUCUCUUCAUGCCAGGUGUGACUCCUGGGAUCUUCCUCUUCAUCAUAUUCGGCACUACAUCAGGACACCGGAAGAAGAUGUAUGAGACAUUCGUACCCAGAAGGUGGCAGGACCCCAUUGGAUCAAGGGGCUGGAAACUCUCGUGCCCGACGCCUUGGUCACGCACGUGGAGGAAGGUGUCCGGGGAAUCUGGACCAUCUCCGCCACCGGCACUGUGCGUCUCUAGGUCAAACACCCUCAAGAAGGCCCCUGCAGACACAACGAAGCCCUUACCGUCGCGUCCCAUUCCAAACUUGAUGAGUGUCUUCAGUCCGAGAGGUGGGACAUCGGGUCGACAGCCGUGGGACGAGGACAACAUAUUCAAUGCGAAACCCAGCUGCAAACUGUUCGAUCUGGAAGCUGGUGGCGAGUCAAAAGAGACGUACUACGAGCUCAAUCCUGAGCAAAGCGACGACUCGGGACCGGUACUGCCGAUCAUGAGAGCCAAUACGGGACAUUCGCUGGGCUGA